CCGGUCGCGCCGGCUCUUGAACGCCGGCUGCAGCGCGGGCCGAGGCGGGCUCUAACGGCGCGGCUGGAGGCUGCGCGGGCGCGGCGGGGAGGGCCUGGCGGGCGGCGGCUGCACCCGGUCGCCGAGCUGCUGCUCCGGGAGGAGCCCGGGCCGGGUGCCUGCGAUGAUCGACUCGGUGAAGCUGCGCCGCGAGUGCGCGGCCGACUUCUUCUCGCACUACGAGUACCUGUGCGCGCUGCAGGACUCGGUGCCGCUGCCCGCCGUGCGCGCCUGCCUGCGGGACGGCGUGCUGGACUUGAACGCCGACCGGCUGCGCGUGGUGGACUGGGCGCCGCUGCUCAGCACGCUCAAGGUGAACCGGGACCUGCCGCUGGUGGCCAUCAAGAGCUCCUUCCAGCCGUGGCUCGGGGACACAGGUUCUGAUACAAACAGAGUUUGUAGAAAUCGUGUUCCUCCAGUAAGAUCCAAAGAUGUGACCUUUCAGUUAUGUAAAGCUCUUAAAGGCUGUUUAAGUGCAUCAAGUGUGCUAAGAAAUCUGGAGCUAAAUGGACUAAUUCUGAGAGAGAGAGAUUUGACUGUUUUAACAAAGGGAUUGAAUAAAUCGGCCUCUUUGGUGCACCUGUCUCUUGCAAAUUGUCCAAUUGGAGAUGGAGGUUUAGAAAUUAUUUGUCAAGGUAUAAAGAACUCUGUCACUCUUAAGACAGUCAACUUCACAGGAUGUAAUCUGACUUGGCAAGGAGCCAAUCAUUUGGUCAAGAUCUUAAAGUAUCAAACCAUGAGAAGACAUGAAGAAACCUGGGCUGAGAGUCUUCGCUAUAGGAGACCUGAUCUUGACUGCAUGGCUGGUUUAAGGCGCAUCACACUGAAUUGCAACACGCUCAUUGGUGACCUGGGUGCAUGUGCCUUUGCAGACUCUCUUAAUGAGGAUUUAUGGCUUAGAGCACUUGACCUGCAACAGUGUGGCCUCACCAAUGAAGGAGCCAAAGCUUUACUAGAGGCCCUUGAAACCAACAGAACUCUGGUCAUUCUGGAUAUAAGAAAAAAUCCACUUAUUGAUCAUUCUAUGAUGAAAGCAGUUAUCAAAAAAGUUCUGCAGAAUGGAAGGAGUGCAGAGUCAGAGUACCAAUGGAUAACAUCCCCGUCAGUGAAGGAGGCGUCUAAAACUGCUAGACAGAGAAGGAGAACUAUAAUUCUAGGAAGCAGUCGGAAAGGAAAAGCUACUAUUAGAAUUGGGUUAGCUACAAAGAAACCUGUAAGUAAUGGAAGAAAGCACCCUCUCAGUAAAGAAUGUUACGCUCCUGAGCCUCUACCACCGGGUGCGUCUGGUUUUUUGCCAUGGCGUACUGCAGAACGUGCAAAAAGGACCAGGGGUUUUCCAGUCAUUAAAACCCGUGAUUUAUCUACUCACCUGCAGCAAACAGAUUUUCCUGUAACUGUGACAGUAGAGAGUCCUUCAUCCUCAGAAAUUGAAGAGGUUGAUGAUUCUUCAGAAAGUGUUCAUGAAGUGCCUCAGAAAACCAGUUUAAAACAAGAAGCAUUACAGGAAAAACUGGAGGAGUGCCUGAAACAGUUGAAGGAGGAAAGAGUAACACGGCUUAAGGCUGACAAGCGUGUCAGUGAGCUCGAACAGGAAAAUGCCCAGUUAAGAAAUAUAAAUUUCUCCUUGUCUGAAGCCCUUCAUGCACAGUCACUGACAAGCAUGAUCCUGGAUGAUGAAGGUGUUUUGGGCAGCAUUGAGAAUUCUUUCCAGAAGUUCCAUGCUUUCUUGGAUCUCCUUAAAGAUGCUGGGCUUGGGCAGCUUGCCACAAUAGCUGGUAUUGAUCAGUCAGAUUUCCAUGUACUAGGUCGUCCCCAGAUGAAUUCUACUGUUAGCAGUCUACCUUCAGAACAGAAAGCACUUGGAGAAGAACCAGAUCUAAAGCAGAGUACUGUAGGACAGAUGCAAAAUAUUCAGUUUCAGAAAAUUACAAAUGAUACUAGAAUUCCUUUGCCUCUCGACUCCUUCCAUGCUCCAGUUUCUACACAAGAGGCAUCAGUAGCUUCAAGAGACGACCUAGGAGUUGCAGCCCCUGAGCAUCGGGAGGAAUCUUUCGAAGGGUUCAUUGCCAGAACAUGUUCUCCUGUAGCAGAUAGGAUUACUGAAACUGGGAAUCAAAGAGAAGAAGCAAUGUUGUCUAAAAAUAGAUCUUCAGAGAAAAUGACCAGAACUAGUGAAUCUACCAAGAAGCACUGUGCUAAGAAACACCCCGGGAGGGACCUGCGUUCUGACUCUGCCUCUACUGUGAACUCGAAAAGCAAAGGAGCCGGGGAAAGUAGGUCUGUAGUCAGUGAGCCAGUUAAAAGUGAGUCUUUGAAAAAGGCCAUUUCUGCCAAGAAAGAGAAUAGUGGCUGCCUCAUCUAAGACAAUGAAAAGUAAGCCAAUGCUCUAGAACAUUCUGAAAGUGACACUCUUGGAUCUGAUUUAGAAUUUCAAGAAACUAUCCAUUCAUCAUCACACCUGACAUAAAUCUAAUCUUUCAAAAUUAUGUUUUUGCCUUCAAAUUUUAAUAAAUUUUCUUAUGUUUUUAUUAUGCAGUGUCUUAAAACUCAGAACUUAAAAGCAAUAUAAGAGAAAUUUAUUAUAGUGUUUAUUUUAAAACAAUGUUUUCUUUUUGCACUUUAUGUAACUCAUUCAGCAAACGUACAACACUUUAUAUGGUAUUUUUGUGGGUGCUAUGGCAUUUACCCUCAUGGAAAUAAUACUUUGUGAGGGAGAAAACAACAGUGAGGGGGAGGGGACUAGAAAGGAACGAGAUGAAGAAAUUGAAUGGCUCGCCAUAGAUUGGAUGUAAAAAUGUGAUUCACAUGACUAGAAACCCGGCAUAUCCCAAUUCCUAACUAGAGCAGCAGACAUGUCCUAGGUCCUAACUGUGCUUAAAAAAUUGCCACAGCUUUUAGUGGAGGAUUUUCAAAGGCACAGUCUGUAAGAGCAUGAACACACAUCUGCCUGGUAAAACACAGAUAAACUGGGUAUAGUGGCACACUUAAUCCCGUGUAUUUGGAGAACUAUAGACACAAGUUUAUAGGCAGUGGCAAGUGAUGUUCAAGCAGGUGGCGAGGAAGAUCACAGAAGAUGCUGCAUGGAGCUGGUCUUUUACUCCAGGAAAACUGAACAAGAAAAAUAAAACCACAUGCUUGUGUUUGUACUUUUAGUUUUUGGUAUUAGGGAUCUUCACAUUGAACCU